UAACAACGGAUCGCAUCCCACCAAUUAUUCGCCGGGGUCCCGCGAAUCAAACCCUUGCCAUCGACUCUACAGCGCUGCUCCAGUGUCACGUAACUGGGAACCCCCUCCCCAGCAUCCAGUGGCUGAAAGAUGGACAGCGGAUUGUGGGCAGUGAUCCAAGAAUGAGCCUGUUGGACAAUGGAACACUACAGAUUAUAAAUCUGCAGUCAGUCUUCAGGCAGCACUUGGCAAACCGUGGCAGAUGAUGUCAAGCUUGAAAAGCACACAGUCAGUGGCUUGAAUCCAAACACCAUUUACCUCUUCCUUGUACGAGCUGUCAACUCCUAUGGCCUCAGUGAUCCCAGCCCGGUCUCAGAGCCAGUUCGUACACAAGAUGUGAGUCCCACCAGACAAGGAGUUGACCACCGGCAGGUGCAACGGGAACUUGGAGAUGUGGUAGUUCAGCUCCAGGAACCCGUUGUCCUCACUUCCACCACCAUCCAAGUCACCUGGACUGUGGAUCGCCAGGCUCAAUUCAUCCAAGGUUAUCGGGUGAUGUACCGGCCCAAGAACAGCGCUUGGCUGGUGCAGGAUGUGAAGUCACCUGUUGAACGGAACACUGUCUUAGUAGACCUACGCAAAGGCCAAGAAUAUGAGGUCAAGAUCCGGCCAUAUUUUGAUGAGUUCCAGGGCAUGGAUAGUGAGGUGCUCCUGGUGCGAACCCCAGAAGAAGAACCCCUGCCAGACCAGGACACUGUCCCUGUGGACAAUGGGGAUAGUGUGAGCCUUGCUGAGCAGAUCACAGGUGUCGUGAAACAACCGGCUUUCAUUGCUGGCAUCGGAGGAGCCUGCUGGGUCAUUCUCAUGUGCUUCAGCGUGUGGAUCUAUUGUCGCCGAAAGAAGAGAAAGGAGAUGAGCCACUAUACAGCUUCCUUUGCCUACACGCCAGCAGUUUCUUUCCCCCAUACGGAUGGACCAGCGCGUGUCGGCAGCAGCAGAUGCUGGGAUUUCUAAUUACAUUGCUCAGACAGAGAAGUUUGGGACGGGAGUAUCCGAUGGCCCCAUAUACAGCACCAUUGACCCGGCCAGUGAUGACAUGAGGACCUUCAAUGGGGCAUUUUCCCAGCACACCACCCCAUAUGCCACAACUCCUGUGGUACCAUAUGGCGCAACUCAUCUACACUCACCUGAUGAAGAGGAAGGCCAAUGGAACAACGAGCCUGGCAUCUCUACCAUCCAGUAUGCCCAGCCCGACCGGGGCAGGGUGGAGAGUGUUGCUAAACCUGGGAAACAAAAAUCGAUGGGGAAGCCAGUAAAAACACCAUCCCUCAACUGGACAGAAGUGCUGCCCCCACCACCAUCUGCCAAUGAGCUGAGCCAAUAUGUGGAGGAGGAAGAGGAGGAGGAGGAAGAAGAAGAAGAGGAAGAAGAACUAGAACUCACGUAA